AUGAGUGCACGCCAGUGCGACGCAUCUCUCCAGGUAGGAUUUUACAAGGGUAAAUGUAACUCAAGUAACGUUGAGGGCAUUGUGUUCUCGGUUGUCGAACGAAGAUUCAACGAGGCAAAAGGAAUCGCACCUGCUCUCAUUCGUUUACAUUUCCAUGAUUGCUUCGUCAAAGGAUGUGAUGCAUCGAUUCUGUUAGACGGCGACUCCAGUGAGAAAAACGCGACCGCGAAUCUAAGUGUUAGUGGGUAUGAUGUAAUUGAUGAAGCAAAGGGAUUGCUUGAAGCAGCCUGUGAAGGAGUUGUUUCUUGUGCUGAUAUCAUCGCCAUGGCUGCUAGGGAUGCUGUACAAUUGAGCGGAGGAGAACGAUAUGAGGUUCAGACCGGAAGAAGAGAUGGUACCGAGUCUUUGGCAUCGAACGUCAAUCUUCCUUCACCAAGAUUCUCAGUUUCUCAAUCGGCUGAUGCAUUUAAAAAUAAAGGAAUUGGUCUUGAAGACAUGGUUUUACUCCUAGGUGGUCACACAAUAGGGUUUACACAUUGCUCUUUCAUUAAAGACCGGCUUUACAACUUCGGGGGCAGCAGGAAGGCGGACCCGACAAUGGAUCCGUCAUUAGCUGAGCAGCUGAGAUUAAUCUGUCCGGAGAAGUCAGAAGCCGACGCAGCUGUGAGUCUUGACCAGAAUCUCACGAGUACAUUUGUUUUCGACAGCUCCUUCUACAAUCAAACAAAGAAACACAGAGGAAUUCUUGGCAUUGAUCAAGCGUUAGCCUUGGACCCCUUGACCAGUAACAUCGUGGCCAAUUUAACUACCGGCAGUAACUUCACUGCUAGGUUCGGACAGGCAAUGGUUAAGUUGGGAUCUGUUGAAGUUCUUUCUGAUUCACAAGGGGAGAUUAGGAAAUUAUGCCGUGUUGUUAAAAACAAACCCAGCUCCUCCUCCUUCGGCCUUUUGGGUUGA